CUCUGUAUCCUGAAUUUCUUUCUUUCAUCAUUACUCAUCCGGUAUUCUCUAUAUCAACGCCCACAGAACCAAAAACCACAAUGAACCAGUCUCUGCAGCUCGCCAUUAAUCACGGACUGCCUCAAGCGGAGAAAGGCGCAAAGGAAACGGAGCAUUUACUGCUGGUUUCCCUUACGGACCUUGAAGAAGCCGACGAAGCGAACCUUAUCCAACAUUUCCAGCGCUCGCUGCACGGCAAAAACGUCAGCAUUCGCUCAUGGAAACCGUCUACCAAAGUGCUGCAAGCAAUUGCGCACCAAGGUCAAUGUCGAGAUAGCCAGGCCAACAUUUACGCGAUAGCGAUUCUGGCUCAUCGCGCAGGGUGGACGAGACUGAUCGUUGCGGACGACCUGACGAAGCGCCAGCUCAGGGGAACUUGUCGAGUGGGUGAAAGCUCUUGGACUUCUGUAGUUAUGGUUGCUAUCCGACAAUCUGCCGAGCAGCAAGACUACGAGAUUCGCGUGGUUGCCAAACGCACAACUGGAGAAGAUAAGGAAAACGCGGAGUUGGUGGCGACGCUGCAAAUAUUUGAACCGCAAGAAGUGAAUGGGCGUAACAACGAGAUAUUUACGAACGACGGCUUGGUGCUUCAUGACACGAAUCGAAGUGUGUUUGCCGGUGAUACAGCAGCGAGGUUGGGAUGGGAGGAAUGCUCGAAUAGCGGCUCAAGGACGGGAGAUGCCUCAUGGGUAACGAAUCACGGAGCGCAACCGAUUGCGUUGCCGUCAUGGGUGUACCACGACAACCGCCAUCUGAACAUCUUCCUGAUGUUCCCAACAGCAGAGGAGGAGCUUGAAAGUAUUAAAUCAACACUGCAGAGCGCCGCGCGGAAGUGUCACCAAGAAUACGGCGGCCAAGACCAGGAGAUGGCCAUUCAAUUGAUUCCAUGGGAGUAUCAUCGUGUGGAGUCUCGACGCGGAUUCUUCAAUCUGUGGGAUGGGUAUCAGCAGCAGAUUCUGGCCAACGACUAUACGCCAAGAAUUUACUUCCUGUUGAAACCCAUUAAGAAUACCGAGCGUGUCCUUAUCGGAUCUCUGAGCUAUGACAUGCUAAAACCAGCCAUUGUGUUGUGGAUAUCUCUGGAGCAGGUAAUCAUAAAAGAGCAGCGCUGGGGAUUAUCCGCCAAAGAAUGUCUAGAUCGUCCAAAGCCGUCCAUCCCAGAGAGCCAGGAGCCAGGAGCCAUUGAGCUCAUGUAUCCACCAGAACAACCAUUCUAUGUGAACAAUCCGCCCUGGCUCCCUGCCGAGGACCGUAUCUACUGGGUGCCAGUAUUUUACCUCACUAAUAACCUGACCAAGGAUCAGGACCAGGCAGUUCGCGCUGAGCUCCACACGAUGAAUGAGAUUGACCUCGAACAAUGGGAAGAGAAACACUGCUGUUAUGUUCCCUGGAAAGACGGCCAGCGAGAUGGAACAUUGGAAGACAUGUGGGAUAUUUUCUGGGAUGUUUACACGUAUAAAAGAGGACGCGCGACGUCAAUUACCUCACCUUUCCCUAUAUUCUUUAUUGACCAACAAUCUGGAAAUGACCUGACAGUCAUCGCGGUGGACUCUGACACUCUCUACACCAGAAAGUCAAACACUGCUGCGGCAGAGAUCCUCAAGAAUACACCGGCCCGAAACGUCAGAGGAUUCUUUCACGGCCGACUCAGCGGCCGGGACGCACAUAUAGCACAUGCAAACUUGAGCAUCGCAAAUAUGGGAUUUGACGAAUUUACUGAGCCAAACCAGUUUCCGAGACCGGGUUGGCCAGGGCACGGGAUACUGGAAGACGAUGAGUGAGGUCGACUAUGUAGAUUGACGUGAUACGAUGGGACAUGUGCAAUAAGAUAUGACUGCAAUUCUCCCCGGCCUCAUACAAUGAAAAUCAAC